AUGGGGGCUACACAACCAGAAACGUAUGAGAGGUCAUUACACGACUGUAGCUCUUCCCAAUCUGAUCAUGAAAAGAUUUUUGAGGAGUCGGCAUCUCCGAAAGACGACACCGAUGUCGUUCAGCGCACCGUUACAACAGAGUCAAUAAAAUAUCCUCCUAUGAAGAAGAUCAUUCCAAUUAUGCUGUCAUUAUAUAUCGCCAUCUUCCUCGUUGCACUAGACCGUUUAAUUGUCGCAACAGCAACGCCCAAAAUUACAGAUGACUUUCACAGUAUUAACGACAUUGGCUGGUACGGCAGUGCAUACAUGUUAACCUCAUCGGCAUCUCAACUCGUCUACGGCCGAAUCUACACCAUCUACCCCGCGAAAUGGGUUUUCUUGAUUUCAAUCCUGGUUUUCGAAAUUGGUUCCGCUGUCUGCGGUGCAGCCCCUUCAUCAGUCGCCUUGAUCAUCGGUAGAGCAGUAGCUGGUUUAGGAACCGGUGGUAUCGCAGCAGGCCUGGUCCUCAUCAUCGUCUUGACCGUUCCUCUCGAACAACGACCCAUUUUCCAAGGACUCAACGGUGCUGUUUUCGGUAUUGCCUCAGUCCUUGGUCCCAUUCUAGGUGGUGUCUUCACGACAAAUGUUUCCUGGCGCUGGUGUUUCUACAUCAAUCUUCCCUUCGGAGGUCUAGCAAUGAUAGCCAUCUUCUUCCUGCUGGAUGUGCCACCUCCGAAAGCUGGAAAUUUCACCAUGAAAGAGAAGCUUCUCCAACUUGACCCAGUUGGGAAUCUUUUCCUCAUGCCCUCCGUCGUAUGUCUAUUACUUGCUCUGGAAUGGGGCGGUGUUACAUACGCAUGGGGCAGCUGGCGGAUUAUCCUCCUAUUCGUCCUUUUCGGUGUUCUCGCUACCAUAUUCGUUGCUUCGCAAAUUCGGCGCGGAGAGAGAGCGCUUGUCCCACCUCGCAUUUUCAAGCAACGUUCCGUUCUCGCUGGUGUUGCUUGGACCAUGUGUCUCAGUGCUGGUAUGAUGGUUAUGCUCUACUACCUUCCCAUCUGGUUCCAGGCCAUCAAAAACGUCGAUGCCGAGAAAUCGGGUAUCAUGAAUCUGCCUCUCGUCCUGGCCAUGGUGGUAGGGGGAAUCAGUGCAGGUGUGGCAGUUACAAAAUUCGGAUACUACAAUCCAUUCUUGUACGCGGGCGUGGUUCUGCUCUCAGUUGGCGCAGGUUUGAUCUACACAUUCACACCUAUUACAGGACAUUCUAAGUGGAUCGGUUACCAGUUUAUCUACGGAUUGGGUCUCGGAUUCGGUUUCCAACAGGCCAAUGUUGCCGUGCAGACAUGUCUUCCACCUGCAGAUGUCGCAGUUGGAGCCUCACUGCUCAUGUUCUCGCAGCAGCUGAAUGGUGCUGUUUUCCUUGCUAUUGCGCAGACACUAUUCACCAAUUUUCUCAAUGAGAAUCUAGCAAGUGUACCUGGUGUCGAUGCUGCGAAGAUUAUCGCGGCUGGAGCUACUACAUUGCGAGAAUAUGUUCCUGAAUCGAAGUUAGAUGCUGUCUUGGAUGGAUACAGUGAUGCUAUUACGAGAACAGUUAUUCUUGCGAUCACUAUGUCGUGCUUGGCUUUGUUUCCGGCUUUCUUCUUCGAAUGGAAGAGCGUCAAGAAGGAUGCGAAUAAGAAAAAGCAAGAACAGGUUAUCGAGAAUCAGGCCUGA